AUGGAAGCUUGUUUCCUUGCCUCAAACUCCUUCACCAAAACCUUGGAGUCUGCUACUUUCCCCAAGAGAAAUUCUACUCAAUUUCAAAGCAAAAAAGUUGGCAUUUCAUCUUCGAUGGCAUGUUUCCGAAUGGAGUCAUCUUCACCGUCCGGUGAUGACCACAAACCUUCCAACGACACCGAUUGACGAUCAUUUAGAGCAAAACUAGUAGCUGCAGAGAAAGUAGCACUCCCCAAAUUGCCUACUUCCUCAGUUGCUGAUCUAGAUACAGUGGUGGAUCAACCACAGUCCAUCACUGUUGGUGACAGGUGGGCCGACACUAUCAACGAGCCCGAAAGAGGCUGCCUACUCCUGGCCACCGAAAAGCUCGACGGGGUCCAUAUUUUCGAACGGACAGUUAUCUUGGUUAUGUCCACUGGGCCUUUGGGCCCGUCCGGCAUUAUACUGAACCGACCCUCACUAAUGUCGAUCAAGGAGACAAGAUCGACGGCGUUAGAUGUUGCCGGGACAUUCUCUGAUAGGCCGCUGUUCUUUGGUGGGCCUUUGGAGGAAGGGUUGUUCUUGGUUAGGCCCAAGAAGGGUGGUGAUAGAGUUGGGAAAAGUGGUGUUUUUGAUGAGGUGAUGAAGGGAUUGUAUUAUGGCACAAAGGAAAGUGUGGGUUGUGCAGCUGAAAUGGUGGAGAGGAAUAUGGUAGGGCUUGGGGACUUUAGGUUCUUUGAUGGAUAUUGUGGGUGGGAAAAGGAGCAAUUGAAGCAUGAGAUAAGUGCUGGGUAUUGGACUGUGGCAGCUUGUAGCCCAAGUGUAAUUGACUUUACUCAUGUGGGAAGUGAUGGGCUUUGGGAGAAGGUUCUUGGGAUUAUGGGCCGUAGAAAGGUCCGCUGAAAUCGUUAAUCGUUAUCUAAUGUAACUUAUGUUAAUCGGUUAAACUGUAUGUACACGUACAAAUUCCAUUCUUCUCAUUUGUGAAAGGUUUGUCUUAAAA